ACGCAUAACAGGCCAUCUGUAGACUCCUGCGGAAGGCAGCAGAGACACUGCUGAAGGCAUUUCUUAGACUUCGUCGGCAGACUACCAGCAGGACAGGAGCAGCAGCUCCCUUGGAUUUGUUCACCAGGGAAAACAGACAAUGAUGGGGCUUUUUCCCAGAACCACAGGGGCUCUAGCCCUUUUAAUGGUGGUCAUAUUGGUUCAUGGAGAAUUGCACAUAAAGACUAAAAGACAACACGAAGAAGACAGAACAGCCGUGCAACAUACCAAAGGAAGGUAUAAACGUGAAUGGGUCAAGUUUGCAAAACCCUGCAGAGAAAGAGAAGACAACUCAAAAAGAAACCCGAUUGCCAAGAUUACCUCAGAUUACCAAGCAACCCAGAAAAUUACCUACCAAAUUUCUGGAGUGGGAAUUGAUCAACCGCCUUUUGGAAUCUUUGUUGUUGAUAAAAACACGGGUGAGAUCAACAUAACAGCCAUAGUUGACCGAGAGGAAACCCCGAGCUUCCUGAUCACAUGCCGGGCUCUAAAUGCUCUGGGACAAGAUGUAGAGCAACCACUUAUACUAACGGUCAAAAUUUUGGAUGUUAACGAUAAUCCACCGGUAUUUUCACAAAGCAUAUUCAUGGGUGAAAUUGAAGAAAAUAGUGCUGCCAACACCCUAGUGAUGAUACUAAAUGCCACAGAUGCUGAUGAACCAAACCAUUUAAAUUCUAAAAUCGCCUUCAAAAUUGUCUCUCAGGAACCCGCAGGCACACCCAUGUUCCUCCUAAGCCGAAACAUUGGGGAAAUCCGUACUUUAACUAGUUCUCUUGACCGAGAGCAAGUUGACAACUAUCACCUGGUUGUGAGUGGUGCAGACAAAGAUGGAGAAGGACUAUCGACUCAAUGUGAAUGUCGCAUUAAAGUGAAAGACGUCAACGACAACUUCCCAAUACUCACAGACUCUCAGUAUUCAGCACGUAUCGAGGAAAAUUCUUUAAGUUCUGACUUACUGCGAUUUCACGUAACAGAUUUGGAUGAAGAGUAUACAGACAAUUGGCUUGCAGAGUAUUUCUUUACCUCUGGGAAUGAAGGGAAUUGGUUUGAAAUACACACUGACCCCAGAACUAAUGAAGGCAUUCUCAGGCUUGUUAAGGCCCUAGAUUAUGAACAACUACAAAGCCUGCAAUUUGGUAUUGCUGUCAGAAAUAAAGCUGCUUUUCACCAAUCUGUAAUUUCUAAAUAUCGAGUUCAGUCAACACCAGUCACAAUUCAGGUAAUAAAUGUAAGAGAAGGAAUUGCAUUUCGUCCCGCUUCCCAGACAUUUGUAGUGAAAAAAGGCACAAGUAGUAAAAAAUUGGUGGAUUACAUCCUGGGAACCUAUCAAGCCUUUGAUGAAGACACUGGCAAAGCAGCUUCAAAUGUCAAAUACAUGAUGGGACGUAAUGAUGGUGGUUUCCUAAUGAUUGAUUCAAAAACUGCUCAGAUCAAAUUUGUCAAAAACUUGGAUCGAGAUUCCACUUUCAUAGUCAACAAAACAAUCAUAGCUGAGGUUCUGGCCAUAGAUGAAACCACGGGUAAAACUUCUACAGGCACGGUACGUGUUGAAAUACCCAAUUUUAGUGAAAAUUGUCCAACAGUUGUCCUUGAAAAGGAAGCAGUUUGCAGUUCCUCUCCUGUGGUCGUCUCCGUUAGAACACUGGGUAAUGUUAAAUACACUGGUCCUUACACAAUUUCACUGGAGGAGCCACCUCUGAAGCUGCCAGCCAUGUGGAGUAUCACAACACUCAACGCUACCUCAGCACUCCUCAAAGCCCAGCAACAGGUGUCUCCUGGAGUGUACAGAAUCCCCCUGGUCAUUAUGGACAGUGAGGACAAUCGGUGUGAGACACCAGAGAGCCUGACCCUGGAAGUCUGUCGAUGUGACUACAGGGACACCUGUGGAACUUACGACCCGAUGAUAGGCCCUAACACCAGGGAUAGAAAUCCAGCCUCGGGGAGGCUGGGGCCUGCUGCCAUCGGCCUGCUGCUCCUUGGUCUCCUGAUGCUGCUCUUGGCCCCACUUCUUCUGUUAACCUGUGACUGUGGGACGGGUCCUUCUGGGGGAGUGGCAAGUGGUUUUAUCCCAGUUCCUGAUGGUUCAGAAGGAACAAUUCAUCAGUGGGGAAUCGAAGGAGCCCAUCCUGAAGACAAGGAAAUCACAAAUAUUUGUGUGCCACCUAUAACAGCCAAUGGAGCUGAUUUCAUGGAAAGUUCUGAAAUUUGUACCAACACAUAUGCCGGAGGGACAGUGGUUGAGGGCACUUCGGGAAUGGAACAGACCACGAAGCUUGGAGCAGCCAACGGGUCAGCAGGUGCUGCAGGCUUUACAGCAGGGGCAGCAGCCUCUGGAGCCGCGGCAGGAUUUGCAGCAGCCACUGGCUUCGGCAUCUGUCCCACAGGGCAGUCCGGGACAGUGAGAACGAGACACUCCACCGAAGGAACCAUCAGGGACUAUGCUGAAGGGGUAAUAAGCAUGAAUUUCCUGGACUCCUACUUUUCCCAGAAAGCAUUUGCCUGUGCGGAGGAAGAUGAUGGCCAGGAAACCAAUGACUGCUUGCUGAUCUAUGACAAUGAAGGCACCGAGCCCGCCAGUUCUCCUGCUGACGCCCUGGAUUGUUGCAGUUUUAUUGUCGACGACCUGGAUGACAGCUUCUUGGACUCGCUAGGCCCCAAAUUUAAACAGCUUGCAGAGAUAGUCCUUGGUCUUGAUGACAAAGCCAAACAAGCACAGCCAUCUGCUAAGGAAAGUGGUUAUGUGGCUGACUCCUGUGGCCGUUGCCCAGAAGUCCCGCCAGCAGGACCCGUUAGGGGCCAGACUUUGCCAGGCAGUGAAGGAGCUUCUGCUUUGUCCGCCUCUCUGUCUGUCCAGCCAGCUAUUUCUAUCCCUGACCCUCUGCAGUAUGGUAAACAUUGGGUAACGGAAUCCUGCUCGGCUUCUGGUCCCUGCGUGCAACCUUCCACGGGGGUCUUUGAUCCACUUCUCACACAAAAUGUAAAAGUGGCAGAAAGGGUGAUUUGUCCCAUGCCCUGUAUUCCUGGUAACCUAGCUGGCCCAACACAGCUACGAGGGUCACGCACUGUGCUCUGUACAGAGGAUCCUUGUUCCCGAGUCAUAUGACCAGAAUGAACUGAAACAACAUAUUGGCCGAAUCUGCAUAUUUGCAUCAAAUUAUUCAAAAUUGCAAAGUUCUCUAUACUGGGCUGAUUUGGCACUUACUUAACAGUUGCUCUCAUAAACUGAUCUUGACCAUAAUUUAAACGUUCAGCCUCAUACAAACUGGAUAUGUUGUCACUCCUAAUUCUCAAAUACUGUUCAACUUGUAGUAAAUUCAAUAUUCUUAAGAUCAUAUUCAGCAGGAAAACUUCCUGAACUUCAAUAAGCUUCUAUCUUUCCAGUGCCAUAGGAAGGGGCUAUCCACUUUCAAAUGCAAUGUGGUUUACUGAAUUAAGCAUUCAAAGUUAAGGAGUCCCAGUUCUCGUGUCUGUCACCUCUUCUUAUGUCAUAGAUAUCUAUAUCAUAGAUCAUGAACUGGGACAUUAUCAUAGAUAAUGAUAUAAGAAUCACAAAGUAUUGGCUAAAGCAUUUUGAGCUGCUUGGAAAAAGGAAAGUCUUGCAACUGAGUUUCUUCUGUCUUCUUGGUGCUGGGGGACCAUAAAUGCAUCUUUUGCUCAAGCUGAGGGGUAUAGGCUUAUGCAUUAAUCUUGCUAUGUACAUCUAUAUUCCACAUACUGUCACAAUAAGACAAUCCGAAAGAGAAAUGUCAUAAAACAUUUAAGAAAAUGUAAAAUAAUAUAAAUUA